GCAGCGUGAGCGGCGACUCCGACGACUGAGGCGGCGGCUGCAUAAGGCAGAGGGUGGUGCCGCGACCAAUUUCGCUUUGCGGUUCUGUUUUCAUUCCUUUUUUAUUUUCAUUUUGAAGUGUUUCCCCGCUGAUUCAGUAGCAUUUGUCACCGUUGCUCUCACUCUCUGCUCUCUCGAAGAUGAAAAUCUUAGAGGCAAAUAAUGGUGCCCUCACCAACUUCGAGGUGCUUGAUUUCUUACGAGCUAAAGGAGCUUCCAAAGAUCCUACUAGGGUUCUUGCCAAAGUAGCCCAGUCUGAAUACAAGGUUUAUGAUUAUCUGAUUGAUACUGCUGCUCGUGAUCAAACAAGAGAGAGCAUCAAUGAGUUCCUGGAAAGUGUUAAAAGCCAUGAUCUAGCAAAAGCUGAGAUUCUCAACAUAAUCAACAUCAGGCCCACCAACAUAGUCGAAAUUUUUCCCAUCAUAGAGUGUUGUGAUACUCGUUUUUCGGAUGAAGAGCUCACAGAAACAGUUGAGAUUGUGAAGAGAACAUUGCCACCACCCCCUGAAGAUGCCAAUGGUGCUGAAGCAACAAAAUCAAAUGUUGAGGAAGGUGGGGGAACAAAUGGAAACAAGUUGAUAUCCUACUUGUGACCAUAGAAUUUUGUGAAUAGCACCACAGGAUCUCAAGAAAGUAGUUCGGUUAUAGUUUUCUAUUAGUUGGUGUGCUGAGAUUUAGAAUUAGGUUCGUUUUUCAUGGGUGUAAGUGUGUUUGUUACUGCCUUAUUGGUGAUGAAAUACACAUGCAAGGUGCAUUGCCAAAUUUGCAAUAUAGCACAGCAGGAAAUUUUCUUUUUUCUC